UACUCAGACAUUAUAAUAAACUGGUAUUUGGUAAAAUGUCAUAAAUUUUAUCCAUGAAUGUUUAUAGAAAUAAAGAAGGGUGCAAGACUGAAGAAUAACUUUCAUAUUUACCUUACAGACACUGACGCCAUCAACAGACGCUUGGAUCAUGGGUUCCUGUGUUUCUAUGCCAGAGAGAAGAAUCGUGCUUUUAGGAAGGCAAGGACACGGCAAAAGCAGUGCUGCGAACACAAUGCUUGGAAAAAAUGUAUUCACCCCUAAAGCUUCGGAUAACUCAGUAAAAGCUCAAAGUGCAAGAAGAAAGAAGAGGCGAUAUGGAAGCAAGAUCACAGUUAUUGAAACACCUGGAUUCUUUGACACAGAUAAUAAUGAUCAGGAGAUGAGAUCUGAGAUCAUCAAAGCUCUGGUUGAAUGCGCUGAAGGUGUUGAUGCCUUUGUGAUUGUUCUGAAGGUCGGAGAGUACACAAGCCAAGAACUGGAGGUGUUACAGCAACGUCUGAACACACUGAAAGAGGACGUGUUUGACCACACAGUGAUCUUAUUCACUUUUGGUAAGCAACUAGAAGGCCAGACCAUUGAAGAAUUUCUUAAGGCCAAUUCACAACUACAGGAGCUGGCUGAUAAAUGUGGAGGUCGCUGUCACGUCAUCGACAACAAAUACUGGAAAAAAUGUAAACGGGGGAACAAGAGCAACAGGGUUCAGAUGAGAAAUCUGAUGGAGACCAUUGAGAAGAUGAGGAACAAGAACGGCUGCUUCACAAGUGAGCUGUUUCAGAAGAUGGAGGAACACAUUCAAGAGGACAUUGGAAAAAUGGAUGGGGAAAAUUUGCCUCAAGAAGAGAAACGAGAAAAAGCAAAGAAAAAUGUUCAAAACAAAAUGCUGGAGCAGGCUAUAGGAGUAGCAACAGGAGUGCUGAUUGGUGCUCUUCUGGGUGCAUAUGGUCCGGUGGCUUUCAUUUUGGAUUGCUUGCAAAAGAUCUUCCCUAUAAGAGCAUUGCUAUAUGUAGCAGCAGGGGUUCCUGGAGAGCAGCGGUGAAAACAGGAGAAAAGGCA